GCACUCCGCGCACCCAAGAAGAGCUCAAAGACAACAGUGGACAUCUCACUGGACGUGUUUGUCAACGACAGCGAAUACUCCAUGCCUACAAAGUUUGCUAAGGCUGCCACACCACACAUCAUUGUGCCUAUCACCAGCGAAGACACCCUUCCCGCCAGAGGUGCGAAAGUGGCCAUCGACGCCGAGUUCGUUGCACUGGAGAUGGAAGAGGCGGCUAUCAGAUCUAACGGUGCUAAGUCCACCAUCCGGCCGUCUCAGCUGUGUCUGGCGCGAGUGAGUGUUCUGUGGGCCGAAGGGACGGCCAUAGGCACGGCCUUUAUAGACGACUACAUCUACACAACUGAGCCGGUGACUGACUAUCUCACGCAGUUCAGCGGCAUCAACCCAGGCGAUCUCAACCCCGCUGUGUCUAAGAAACACCUCGUCAGUCUGAAGGUGUGUCCCAAGCAGUGGGGAUGA